CCAAGAGCCUCGAACCCGAUCUAGCUUAAAAAUUUCUCUAUAUUUUUUAAGUAAUGUUUAAAAAAUACACCCUUCAAAAUUUCCCAAUUUUGCUUUUAUCUUGGGGUUUCAAAGUUACAGCAGUAGCAUAACUUCUUCUUCUUCUCUCUCUCCUUUACUCAAUCUCUCUAUCGGCGGGCCUUUGGGUUUUCUUCGGUUAUGUGGCAAACUCAUAAAGCUACCCUACGAAUAUUAUCAACCUCGUUCACAAACUAAUCCGAGAUCGGAGAGGAGACGAGGUAUUCCGUUUCUCUCACAACAGUUUUUCCAUGAUGAAUGAUGGCAAAGCUGUGGUUGAAAGUUUUCUGAAAGUUCUUCCACCUGUAGAGUUCUGUUGUGUCUACGGUUCUGCUCUUCAUCCAAAUAACAAUGACAAGUCUAAACUGGUGGACUAUAUUCUUGGUGUGUCAAAUCCACUGGAAUGGCAUGCUGAGAAUCUCAAGUUGAAUGGAGAUCACUAUGCUUCGUGUUUGCUGCACCUUGGUGGGGAAAAAUUGAUCACUGACAUUGCUGACAAUAUUGGUGUGGGAGCUCACUUCAACCCUUAUGUUACUUGGAAUGACAAGAUGUUCAAAUAUGGUGUAAUUGGGAUGCACAACUUGGUUCAGGACAUACUUAACUGGGAAAGGUUCUACUUGUGUGGUCGAUUGCAAAAACCUGUUCAUAUACUGGUGGAUAAUUUAGAUGUUGAGAAUUUAAAUUCAGUUAAUUUAAGGGCUGCACUUUCUGCUGCUCUCCUCCUUCUGCCGAAGAAGUUUCCUGAGGAAGAUCUUUAUGCCAAAAUAUGCAGCCUCUCCUAUAUGGGCGACUUGCGUAUGCUUUUUGCUGAGGACAGAUUCAAGGUGAACAAGAUUGUACGGGGUCAGUUUGAUUUAUUCCAGUCAAUGUACAAGCCAUUUCUUGAAGAAUACGAGGCUAAAGAGAUUCUUAGAUCCUCUUAUUUUUCGGAUCACAAAUCAAACAUAUCUCAGUUUUUAUUACAGGAUUGUAGUUUAUCAACAGUUCACACUCUUGUAUCUUCUCUUCCUCCAGUUGUCAGAAGUGAAAUGGCGGUGAAUUUAGGAGGAAAGAAACAUUUUAGUGAAUCUGGUCAAGCUCUAUGUGAACUCAUGAUUAGCACAAGAGAAGAGGCUGCAAAAUGCAUGCAGAAGAUUCUAAAGCGAAAAGUUAUGGUUUCAAGUGCAAGACAGGCCAUCUCUGGCCUCUUGGCUGUCGGAGGUGUUAAUGGAAUGAGAUACCUUGGUAGUAAAAUGAAAAAGGCUUGGAAAUCCUGGAUGUGACAUUCAGAAUUUCUUUCUGGUUUCCUGUCUGAAUGCGGUAACAAUGAGUUUGGUCAUGAGAUAUUGGCCUUUUUGGAGCAGCAUCCUUGCCAAUGAAUUUUGUUUUUCCCUUUAACUGCAAGGUGUCCUUACCAUCCUUCUAUUGAGCUUCCAAGAGUAUUACCACUGAUUCAAGAAAAAAAAAAAAAGGGUAUUACCACUGAUUGUGUUCAUUAACAUCAUCAUUUGCAGUGAAAAAAGCUUAUAUCUUUUUUUUUUUGAAUAAAAAAAAAAAAAAAAAAAAAAAAAAAGCUUAUAUCUUACUAAUAUAACAAGCCUCAUCUUUUUCAGCUGCAGAGACACUGGUUCUGGAAGGUUUGUACUUGGUAGGACUAUGUUUGUUUUGGUAGGACUAUGUUAAUCUCAAGUAAGCGUAAAGUUUUACAGCAUUAUCCAUUUAAACUUAUAAAAUUAUAAAAAUACCGACACAUGGAAAUAAUUUCUAGCGUACUUUUCAUUUUUUUUUCAACAAAAAUACUUGCAUAUGAUGCACGCAACCCAAUACUAACUCUAUAUACUGCUAAGUUUGUUUUUUUCUUCUUCUUGAAA